AUGGAGCCUGACUUGACACUUGUACCCGCUCUUCCCCUGCCUGUAACGAUUGACAAAGAGACACAAGCAAAGAUGAUCGAGGAGGACCUCGACAUCCGAGAUCCUUUGACACGCGAAUGCGUGGAACAAACUAUCCUUGCUAGUUUUGAGCGGCUGGAGGCCUCGAUUGCUGCGAUGGGUGAGCCGCAACGUGACUUAGACAAUGACCUGGAUGUGAAGCCCGACCCCGUCAAGCUGGAGCUGCUUAAGCUAGAGGAGCGCGUCUUUGAAGGAGGACGCGCUUCGUUUAGAGACCUUCUUGCCCGCGACGAGUAUAUCAUUGCGGCCGCCAAGUGCUACGGUAUUGCUCCAAAUGACAGAAUUAAGGACAUUAUUGAGGCCGACUUGCAUCGCGUUCAGUUCACCAUCAAGCUUGACCGAGUUCCAAGCGUGGCGAGAGACAGGAUUCGUGGAGGUAUCUCAGGCAAGGCUCAUGCACCCCAGAAGGUUUCGAUCAAGCGUUUUUGUCCCGCGAAGAUCGUUGCUACUGAGACGCUGAAGGGUAUCAAAGCGGGAACUCUGGUGAUCGACCUCUACUACCAUCACGCCCACGACCUUGCGAGUCUAGAGAAUAUCGGCACGCGACAGAGGUCGGACAGGAUCAAGGCAACCGUCAAAAGCCUGCUGUUGCAAGGUUCGUCCAUCAAGAACGUUAUGGAGAGGCUGAAAAUGAAGUAUGCCAGAUUCAUGGAGGUUAUCAGGGGAAACGACCAGCGGCUCUCUCAAGAUGACUUUGUCACGUACGAGGACGUGUACAACAUCUGGUACAAUAUAUACAAUGAGAUGACGCGGAAGGACCCAGACUUGGGUCUGUUGGCGUUAGCUCCCCAGGUAGACCAAGGGCAGCAGGACUUGCAACAGGACUUGCAGGAGGAGGAGGAGCCUGUCCCAGGGCAUGGCCUUUCUUACUAUCUCGAUCGGAUCAUCAGUCUGGAGACCCUUCGAGACAAGAGCCAGACCAUACCUCAUGAGUCGCAACUUUGUGCACUGCUUGAUAGAUUCCUUACCAUCUAA